GUGGAAUGCUGCUUCUAUUAUUCCUUGGUGACAAUUGCUUAAUUAACAAUUGAUUUAAAAAAAUUUCUUCUUUAUUUUUCUCAUAGUACUUAUAGCCCCACAUUCUUUUCAGCUGUUUACCCUUCCAAAAAUCCUCGAAAAAAAAUCCUCGAAAAAAAAGAAAAAAAAUAUUUAUAAGAACAAACAUAUCGACUGGUACUAACCUGGAAGGAGAAAAAAUAAAAUAAAUUGGGUGGAACGAAUGUAUUAAAAAAUAUAAAAAAAAGUAAAAACGAAUUGAGUAAUGUCUCUAAUAGAUUAAAAAAAUAUUUUUUUAUAUUUCAAGUUUUCUAGGGCAAUUUUUUAAAGUUUAUUUUUUCUUUCUUUCCAAUUGGCGUUAGCGGGGAGAUAAUAUUAUUUAUUAUCCUUUUUUAAAGAAUUUUCUUUUUAACAAUUUGUUUUUUUUUUAAUUUUUUGAAAUUAUUUUUCUGGUAUUUUUUGUUUUCAUAGGCGGGCUACACCAAAAUAUUUUUAAUUUUCAGGAAAAUUUAUUUUCUUUUUCUGAAACCUUACUUAGUUUCCGAAGGGUAUUAUUCUGGACCAUUUAAAUAUUAUUUUCCGGAUGGAUUAUUUUAUUUUCCGGAAAUUUUCCGGAAACUAUUUCAUUUCCGGAAAUAUAUCGGAAACAUUAUUCUAUUUUCCGGAAAUAUUAUACUUUCCGGAAAUAUUAGUAUCAUUUCCUUUAGCCUUAUUCUUCCGGAAACUAUUUCAUUUCCGGAAAUAUUAUUUUCUUUUCCGGAAAAUUUAAUUACCUGAAAAAUUUUUCCGGAAAUAUUUUUAAUUUUCCGGAAAAGUUAUUUUAUAUUCGGAAUAGUAUUUCCGGAAAUAUAUUAUUAAUAUUUUCCGGAAAUAUUAUUUUACUUUCUGGAAAUAUUAUUAUCAUUUCCUUUAGCUUUAUUCUUCCGGAAACUAUCUCAUUUCCGAAAAUAAUAUACUCCUUUCUCUCCCUGCCCCUCCCUUAUCCUCUUCCCGUUUGUAACAAUUAAUCCAACGGUUUCAACCAGGAAUAUACCUAAAUGGAUGAUUAUUAUUUUGUAAAUAAUUCCUCAGCUGCAACAACUUCUUCCACAGACCACUCAUCUUCUUCAACAACUUUAUUAGAAUGUGAUACCCAAACAUGUUGUUAUUGUUGUGGAGAAAAAUUAAAUAAUUCCACCGCUACUUUUAACCAACAAAAUAAAUUGUUUUGUUGUGUUAUACCUUAUGAGGUAGUUUAA